CAGUCGACCUGUGUGUCAUACUGUUGAAUGACAUAAUCGGAAAUCUUUUAAAACAUCACCACAAUGUGCAAAAAGGUUUAUUAACCGUAGAUACAAUGGAUCUGAAAUCGUGAGAAGAAAAUGACCGUAGGACCUACUCAUCCAAAUUUGAAUUGACCCACUGAAACACAAAUUUGCUCAGGUAUUAUAAGCACCCACACAGCAGCCUGGGGAGUCAUUGAUGCCUCGAGACGCUGGGCAUACAGUGUGUUCAUGAUUUUAUGGAGUAGAGCCAGAUUUGCAGCUGUAUGAAUUAAUAUCGGAAAUCGUCUAAUGGAGUAAAAAAGUCAGCAAUUAUCGAACACUCUGUCACCAAUUAUCUGUUGGCUUUACUCACUUUUUUUUUUUUUAAAUUUGGAGUUGAUAUAAAUACGUUAAACGGUUUACAAACGAUGUAGAUGUUCUUUGUGACUUAGAAUUGUGGCAUAUACCUGGGACUUGAGUUUACAACAUUAACUUUGUAUAGUAGAUCAGCGGGACUAUUUCCUAAUGAGGACCACUAUGACGUCAUCAUUAAGGGUCAUGGUCUUAGGAGCAGAGAAAACUGGAAAAUCUGCUGUUACCGUAAGAUUCUUAACCAAAAGAUUUAUAGGCGAAUACAACUCCAAUAUAGAUUUGUUAUAUAAGUCGUGCAUCAAGCAAGAAGAUUACUUGACAGACAUUGAAAUCUUAGACACCAGUAGCAGAAAGAAUAACUCAUCUUCGCCAUCCACAGAGACUCAGUUGAACUGGGCCGAUGCUUAUGUGAUUGUGUACAGCAUAUGUGAUGCGUGUUCGUUUGAAAGAGCUAAGACUCUCUUAGAGAGCAUCAACAAAGUUCGUUCUAACUCCUACAUUCCCGUUCUUCUAUUAGGAAACAAAACAGACCUCGAACACAGAAGAGCUGUUGGUGUUGAGGACGGCCACCAGGUGGCCAUUGAGUACAACUGCCAAUAUUACGAAGUAUCCGCGGCGGAAAAUUACGUCACGAUCAACAUUGCAUUCCAAGCUUUGCUCAGAGAAGCUAAGAUAAACCAACAACAGAAAUCUAUGUUAAAACGAAGGAGAACGUCUUUAGUGAAUGUAUCAAAGAAACUUGGUGCCAUGUUCAGUGGGAAGAAAGACUGUGAUUUUGAUAAAAGAAGGACUUCCGUCGAUACGAAUUCUCCGCUCAAGCUCACGUGAAACAAAUUUGGCUUUCAUCCUCAAAGAAAGCGUCUGAUGAUGGACAGAAUGUCUGCCCAUUUGUAUGCCUUAAAAUAUAGAUCUAACGUGCGAACAUUAAAAAUAAAAGGGUAUACAACUCAAUUUCUACAUUCAAUUAGCAGACAUGUGGCACGAAAUUAUUGCUUGUUUUGAGAAAAAAAGACCUCUUCUUUGUUGAAGAUACGAAGAUAGUUUAAGUCACAUGACUUUAUAAUGCUCCCUGUGAUGUACUAACGAGAGAAAUGAUCAAAUCAUUGCUCACUUAAAGAACGCCUGUCAGUUAUAGAAGUGGAGACUGUUUAUUAUUAGCAUUGAAUGCUUCGUUGUUUUGUUACAUUUGUUUCCUUUUUAUGUUAUUUCGAUUAUCUUUGUAUAUCUAUUAAAAUAAACAAUGUGAUUUCCUACAA